AUGUGUCUGAAAGUGAUGCUAAUAUUGGUCGUGAAACUGUUCAACCUGAACAAUCUGGAGGUGGUGAAAAUCCGAUUAUCUCGCUUGCCCCGACUUCUCUACAGGCGGCAGAAUUACCACCAUCCCCCCACCACCAACUCCCACCGUCACCCCGCAUCCUCACCGCCACCACCACAAGCCACGGCAUAUCCACCCCCACCACUCCCACCCCUACCGCCACACCCAUCCUUUACCCCCACAACCCACGGCACCGCCACCCCCACCACUCCGCAGCCUCAGUCUACCACCACCUCCAUCUCUACGACGCUACCACAAGCAUCCACCCCAACCUACACCUACACCUCCCCAAUUAUCACUACCACUAAGCAAUCUGGAAGUAGUGAAAUUGCUGGAGGUAGUAAAAAUGCUAUACAUGUGUCUGAAGGUGGUGGUGAACCUGUUCAACCUGAACAAUCUAGAGGUGUUCAACCUGAACAAGCUGGAGGUGCUGAAGUUGCUAUAGAUAUGUCUGAAGGUGAUGCUAAUAUUGGUCGUGAAGCUGUUCAACCUGAACAAUCUAGAGGUGGCAUAAUUACCACCAUCCCCCACCACCAACUCUCACCGCCACCCCGCAUCCUCACUGCCACCACCACAAGCCACAACAUCUCCACCCCCACCACUCCCACCCCCAUCAUCCCACCCCCACCGCCACACCCAUCCUUCACCCCCACAGCCACCCCCACAACUCACGGCACUGCCACCCUCACCACUCCCCAGCCCCAGUCCGCCACCACCCCAUCUCUACCACACUACCACAAGCAUCCACCCCAACGUGGUGGUGAACCUGUUCAACCUGAACAAUUUAGAGGUGUUCAACCUGAACAAGCUGGAGGUGCUGAAGUUGCUAUAGAUGUGUCUGAAGAUGAAGCUGUUCAACCUGAACAAUCUGUACAGUCUGGAGGUGGUGGUAAUACUGGAAUUGAACCACCAUGGCAAAAUCCCGUUAUCUCGCAUCCCCAACUUUUCUAG